AUGCAAGCCGGUCAUGCCCUCUCAAAUUGCGAGCAAAGCAGCUCGUUGCAAUCUGCAGGACCAGCAGCGUGGCUGUCCAGAUUGUGCCGUCCAGCAGCUCAGCUUACUCUCGCUAGACGCGAAAUCCACAUUCUCGGACAGAGCGAACAUCUGAUUGAGUCGAUGGCCACGCCACGCCUUGGAGCAGACAAAGAACUGGAGGAAUCGCAAAAGCCUCUGACAAUCAUUGCUGUCCGGGAAGGCGCCAGCCGUGAUGGUGGUGAGCAGAGUGUCGGCUCGGAGGCGGGGUGGCCACCUAUUUGGGUGCCGGUAUGGAUGUGUUGCAUCCUUGUUGGAGGGGAAAUAUUGGCAGCCGCGUGUGAAAGGGUUGCAGCUUGCGGUUGA